UUUCAAAUAAUUGAAAAGUAUAAUUAAUAAUUAUAUAAUUUAAAAGUAUUUUGCUCAAAAAAACAAAAAGCAAAACAAAUACAUUUCCAUUUUCUGCUACUAAAGACAUUAUUAAAGUUAUUUAUAAUAUAUUAAAAUAUUCAUCUAAUGGGCUGUGCAAAUGGUAAGAACUUACGAAAAAAACAAAAGGAGCAAACAAUGGAUGCCGAUCCCUUAAUUCAAUAGAUAACGAGCUUUAAAAAUGAAAUUCAAAUUCUUCGAACUUGCUUGUUUUAGGUUUUAAAUUUAUAACCUAAGGAAAUCUCCACUUUCGAUGAGGAUAUCAAGUAUAUCUAAGAGUAAACAAACGAAAAAAAUAUUUCUAAUUUAUAAGACCUUAUAAUAUGCUAUUAGAUAAAUAUUAUAAAAAGAAAAAACUAAAUUCAAAGUUUAAUUUUGUCUUCAGCCAUAUAAUCUGGUUCAGAGUAGGUUUUGCAUCAGAAACUAGUCUCAGCAUGCAAAAAGAAAAAAAAAUAGUUUUAGAUGAAAUGA